ACCGGUACCCGGAAGUGUGUUUUUUGUCUAGGAAGGCGGAACAAAUACCGGAAUCAGGAAGUGCCGUCACUUCCUGUUGUGUUAGUCUUAUUUCAAAUCAGAAAGAUGGAUUUAGUAUCGAACAACUGCAUAAUUAAGUUAAUAUUGUGUAUAUUUGUCAUCGGUGCUGGCUGUACUUCUGUGGAAAAGAAGAUUUAUGUACACCUCAACUACACCUUCCCAUGUGUGCGUCUACUCAAUGCAACUCAUCAGAUAGGCUGCCAAUCCUCCUUGUCUGGAAAUGUCGGGGUGCUCCAUCUGGUGGCGUCUGAGGAAAACCUGGACUGGGUCCUUGGCAGUGGGCCCAAUCCUCCUUAUAUGGUUAUCCUAGAACAGCCGCUCUUUACCAGGUCCAUCAUGAUGAAACUGAAGAAUGGCUCCAGCAGGGUGGCUGGCGUUGCUGUCGUGUCCGCCAACACGAAUCCAGCUGAGGGUGUAUCUCCGCAUACAGCCUGUCCCAAUGAGAACACAGGUGUGUAUUCUGAGAGCUACGAUCCGACCAUGGCUCACUGCAACGUCACCUUGUGGAACCCAUUCGGAAGCGGCCUGUCCUAUGAGGAGUUUGAUUUUCCCAUAUUCUCCCUGAAGGACGACAACGACACCCAGCUCAUUCGGCAGUGUUACAUGGAUCACAACCGCAGAGCGAACAGCAGUGCACCCCAGUACCCUCUGUGCGCCAUGCAGCUCUACUCACACAUGUCCGCCGUCACUGACACGGCCACGUGCAUGAGGAGGAACGACAUUAACUUCAGCAUCACGCCAGAGAUGGUGUGUGACCCGCUGGGAGACUCAAACGUUUGGGCUGCCACCAGGCCCCUCAACAGCACCGCCAAAGGUCACAAGAUGGGGGAGAGCGUCGUCAUUGCUGCCGCCCGGCUGGACAGCCGAUCGUUCUUUUUUGACGUGGCUCCCGGAGCUCAAAGCGCCGCUUCUGGUUUCAUCACCCUGCUGGCGGCCGCUCAUGCUCUGCGGACCAUCACCCAGGAGGCCCCGCCCAACCGCACCAUCCUCUACACCUUCUUCCAAGGGGAAACCUUUGAUUACAUUGGCAGUUCCAGGAUGGUGUACGACAUGGAGAACCAGCAGUUUGUUGUGGACCUAGACAAUGUUCACUCUGUGCUAGAAGUUGGACAGGUGGGCCUGCGUGCCGACUCCAGACUAUGGCUCCACUCUGACCCGGUUUCCAGGAGGAACAGCAGUGUAGACAACGAGGUAAAGAUGUUCAUUGAAAACCUGCAGUCGUCUUUGACGGGUUUAAACGUCACCCUGAGUGAGCCCGCCUUCUCGCAGCCACUCCCGCCUUCGUCCUUCCAGCGUUUCUUGCGAUCCCGGCCCAUCCCAGGCGUCGUUAUGGAGGACCACCCAUCGGCUUUCAGCAACAGGUUCUAUGAGAGCAUGUACGACAAUGCAGAGUACCUGAACGUGUCCUAUCCGCAGAAUAUGACCCAAGAAGAAAAGCUGGAGUUUGCCACAGAGACAGCCAAGGCGCUGGCUGAGGUGGCCACCGUGGUCGCUCGUGCUUUGUACAAGCAGGCUGGAGGAGAACAAUCUCAGCUCAACAGCAUCAACGCAGACGCCCAAAUAGUGACCCAGAUGCUUUACAGUUUCCUCGUCCAGUCAAACAACACCUGGCUGCAGCAGAUGGUCCCCUCGGACCUUGCCAACCACCUCAAGAACACGCCCACCAACUUCUACGUGGGCGUAUCUCAGCAGUCCAGUGAGCCGACCAGCCUGGUGAGGCACCUGCUGGCCAACCUGACGGGCAGCGUGGUCAAUGUCACACAGGAUGACUGCCAGAAACAGCGUGAGGACGAGAAGGACAGCGAGAGCAAACACAUAUACACAUACACCUGGGUUCAAGGUGCAGCACCCCCCAACAGCACAGAGAGGGAAGGUUUCUGUGUGCGCUCCACAGUUCACAUCUCCAAGGCGGAGUCGCCAGCCUUUGAUCUGCGAGAGUACAACUCCAAAGACUACUCCACAUGGACUGAGUCCAGGUGGAAGACCAUCAAGGGCCGCGUGUUCCUGGUGGCCAGUCAUGAGCUGGAAAUGCUGACGCUGGGUGUGGGCGUGGGCGUGCUCCUCACUUCCCUGCUGCUCACCUACUUCGUCAGCUCAAAGGCCGACAUCCUCUUCAGCUCUCAGCGGGAGCCCACCAACGCCACCUACUGACCACCUGACGUACACCCAGACCACCACUACAACUCCUACGUACGUGUGCAUCAGACCCGGACCAGGUUCUUUUUAUUUGAAUCCAAACACAGGCUGAGGGCUGUUUUCAGACCUCAACAUGGUUUUUCCUGGACUCACCGGUUUUAAGUGAGGCAGAAUGUGACGACUGGAUUGGCCCUGGGUGGACUCUUAGCUACCAGCUACCAGCAGCCCUUUGAAAAGAUGUUCAUAUUUCUUUUUACUAAAUUAAUGUUCUUGCUUUUUAUUGUUCAAGAAUGUUUUGUUAAUCACGUGUGUGUGUGUGUGUGUGUGUGUGUGUGUGUGAGUGUGUGUGAGACAUAGCUGAUUCCGGAAUAUUCACAGCAAAGAAAAGUCCUAAGUGUGUGUGUGUGUGUGUGUGAGUGUGAGAGAGAGAGAGAAUAUUGUCAUGUGCAAUACUGUAAUCUUUACUGUAGAUAACUAAUUAUUUCCAAUGAUAAGAAACCACUUUGUGAGACAAAUGAACAAGUGAGGUGUGUUAAAACGUUAAGAUUCUUCCUACAUUGGAGCUCUUUACAACAUGUGCUGGCGUUUUUCUUGAAACUGAAUUUUGCACUGGUACUCCUGGCUGGCCACUCCUUGUAGAUAAUUCUUUUUUCUUUCAUCAUAGUAUAAUCUGAAACAGCUGUUGUGAUGCCUUGGUGAGGAAUUAAAUUGCUUUUUCUUUUGUUA